GAACUCCACCAAGUUCUAAAGAGUUUAAACUGACUGGAAUGUACAAAUUCUUAAACACCAAUUACUACUUCAACAUGAUAUUCUUCAAUAGUAUGGAGUAUAUUCUCAGUGUCAAAGAAAUUAAAAAAAUCCAUAAAUUAAACAUGUAUCUUAUCUAAACCAUCAUGUAAACAACUCUCUGGUUCUGUAUAGUUUCUUAAAUACUUUCGUUUCUAAUCUUCCGACAUUAUGUCAAGUGAUGAUACUGGUGAGAUCGCGGCUAUUAGUGUUACCGUUUCUGUCGUCGUUGUUGUGGUGAAGAUAGCCAUCAUUGUAUAUGUAUGCAAUAAACGAUCUAAGAUGCAAACGGAGCAAUUCAGAAACGACUCCCGUUUUAUUCCCCUGACUAUGGUUAAAUUUCUGGAUGACAUGGAAAGAGAAAAACCCAUUCGAUUCACUUCUCAACAGUUAAGAAUAGCAACAGAAAACUUCAGUAUAUUAUUGGGUUCAGGUGGGUUCGGGACAGUUUACAAGGGUCUUUUCAGCAACGGCACAGCUGUCGCCGUGAAAGUACUAAACGGAACCUCCGACAAGAGAAUUGAAGAGCAAUUCAUGGCGGAAGUAAGCACAAUGGGAAGAACCCAUCACUUUAAUCUCGUCAGGCUUUAUGGGUUUUGCUUCGAGUCAAGUUUAAGAGCUCUUGUAUACGAAUUUAUGGUCAACGGCUCCCUGGAUAAUCACUUGUUUAAAGCAAGCAAAGGACCCAUUAUAGGGUUUGAGCAGCUCUACGAGAUUGGUCUGGGAACUGCAAGAGGCAUCGCUUACUUGCAUGAAGAAUGUCCUCAAAGAAUCGUUCAUUAUGAUAUCAAACCAGGAAACAUACUUUUGGAUUCAAAGUUCUGUGCAAAAGUGGCGGAUUUCGGUUUAGCUAAACUCUGCAACAGGGAUAACACUCAUAUAACAAUGACAGGAGGACGUGGUACUCCCGGAUACGCCGCCCCCGAACUCUGGCUACCUCUCCCGGUUUCACACAAAUGUGAUGUUUAUAGUUUCGGUAUGCUACUCUUUGAGAUCAUCGGAAGAAGGAGGAACAUGGACGUGAGACUUGCAGAUAGUCAACAAUGGUUUCCAAUAUGGGUGUGGGGGAAAUACGAAAAGAAAGAGUUGAAGGAUUUGAUGAUGGUUUGUGCGAUUGAGGAGAAGGAUCAUGAAGCUGUUGAGAGGAUGCUUAAGGUAGCACUUUGUUGCGUUCAGUAUAGACCAGAGACUCGGCCGGUGAUGAGCAUCGUUGUGAAAAUGUUGGAAGGUGCAUUACCGGUGCCGGAGCCUUUAAAUCCGUUUUCGUAUCUGUUCUCAGGUGUUAAUGAAGUUGAUGAUUCUUUGGCUCGAUUGGCUUGGAAUGAUGGUGGUUCCGAUUGGUCUUCGUCUGAUGUUAACACCAAGUCUACUGUAGUUGCAGGUACACCUCUGAUGAAGAGACAUGAGAUCACAAUGGCAUCGGAGUAAUUAUACAGAACUAUGUAUAGAAGGACAACCAAAUAGAUCUGGAAGAAAAUAAAUGCAACGUUAUCUUUUGUUUUGUUAUAUAUUGAAGGAUAUUUUGGAUAUCCAAAUUAACAACUAAAUCUCUCAUCGUUUUGGAACCAAAUGUGUGCUUGUUUUGA